GCUGUCUGGUCCGGCACUUUUUGGCUUUGGCUUUGCUUCUUCUCGAGGCCUCCCCUUCCUUCCUUCCCUCUCUCCCAACAUCACUAGCUCGGAUUGCACGACCAACUUCUGCUAGCUGCAAGCAAAGCUUGCCGGCCGGCAUCUGCAGAUUUUCCUGUUCCAGUUGGAAUCGGCCGGCUUCUUCUGACCACAUAUUAUUAUUAUUAUAUUAUUAUUAAUUGUUAAUCCACACAACGGCGGCCCUGAUGGCAGAUGCGAUCAAGACUGAAGCUGGAUCAUUUCCUCCUGGGAAGAAGAUAACGGUUGUGUUUGUCAUAGGUGGCCCUGGCAGUGGCAAGGGCACUCAGUGUUCUAAGAUUGUCAAACACUUUGGCUUCACCCAUCUCAGCGCUGGCGAUCUUCUGCGUGAGGAAGCUAAAUAUGACACCGAACAGGGUACGAUGAUAAAGAACCUGAUGCAUGAAGGGAAGCUCGUGCCAUCAGAGCUCAUUGUCAAGCUACUGUUGAAGGCCAUGCUUCAAAGUGGGAAUGAUAAGUUCCUUGUUGAUGGAUUUCCUCGAAAUGAAGAGAACCGUCAAGCUUACGAUAACAUUAUUGGCAUUGAACCUGAGUUUGUACUAUUCAUCGACUGCUCAAAGGAAGAGAUGGAGCGCCGGAUUCUAAACCGAAAUCAGGGAAGAGAUGAUGACAACAUCGACACCAUUAGGAGGCGGUUCCAAGUUUUCCAGGAGUCGACUUUGCCUGUUGUUCAGUACUAUGAGAAAAGAGGGAAGCUUCGAAGGGUUGAUGGUGCUAAAUCCGCUGAUGAGGUUUUUGAGGACGUGAAGGCCAUAUUCGUGCAACUCAACACCCAGGUAAACCAAGGUAGCAGUGUGAGCAGAGCACAGAGCAAUCCACUGAAGCGGUUUGUUGACCUGUUCUGCGGUUGCUUUGGGACGCAGGAGGAGACAAACUAACUACAUAUGUACAAAAGAUUCAGAAAACACUUGCUGUGGCUGAUGAAGUGUGUGUGUGUGUGUGUGUGUACCUGGUGUGCAACAACUUGUAACUGCAUGCAGUCAGUCCUGGAGUUGAGAAUUGUGAUCUGGGCUUGUUCAGUUAGAUGCAUCCAGUCCCAGCUGAGAUUAGUGAAGGAUUGAUUAACUUGUUGACAGAUUUGAUUCCUUACCAAAUUGCCGUCCA